AGAACGACAGGACGUCGAAGCGCAUCUGUUCACGUACGAGCUCUCUCUCGUCUUCCCUCCCUCCCCUUCAAGAACUAAACGCUUUGUUGUUCUCGGCACGCAUUCGAAUCUGACAGAGCACUCCACCUCCUCCUCUCAUCUCUUCUCUUCUCCUCCCUUUCCUUCUCCUCGCUACACUUCGGUGGCCAAUCGACCCCCCUGCGCACCGACUGAGCGGAAGGUUGCAGCUUAUUUUGCAGGAAUGGAGCUUUGACAGACUCACGAAGCUUGAUCAUUUCUCGAAGGGGAUGCAGGAAUGGCGACAUGCCACAGAUCAGUCGUUGUCAGAUUCUGGGCAUCUCUCUACGUUUUCCUCGUUGCUUCGAUGGUUGGGGCGUUGAAUGUGUCUUACGAUCAGCGGGCUUUUGUGCUCAAUGGGCAGCGCCGAUUGCUCAUCUCUGCAGGAAUUCACUAUCCUCGUGCUACCCCAGAGAUGUGGCCGGAAUUGAUAGCUACGGCAAAAAGAGGAGGUGCAAACGUUAUACAAACGUAUGUCUUCUGGAGUGGUCACGAGCCUCGGAAGGGUGAGUACAACUUUGAAGGAAGAUAUGAUCUUCCCAAGUUUGUGGAAUUGGUCGGAGAAGCUGGAAUGUAUCUCAAUUUGCGCAUCGGACCCUACGUGUGUGCAGAGUGGAAUUUCGGGGGAUUUCCAGUGUGGCUCCGUGAUAUUCCAGGCAUUGAGUUUCGGACGGACAAUAAGCAGUUCAAGGACGAGAUGGAGACCUUCACUAAAUUCAUCGUGGAGAAGAUGAGAGCACGAGCUCUUUUUGCUCAGCAAGGGGGUCCCAUCAUAAUGGCGCAGAUCGAGAACGAGUAUGGAAAUAUCGAGUGGGAGUACGGGCAACCAGGUAAACAGUAUGUCAAAUGGGCUGCAAACAUGGCAGAGGGACUUGACGCAGGAGUACCAUGGAUCAUGUGCCAGCAAGGGGAUGCUCCACUAAACGUGAUCAACACAUGCAACGGUUAUUACUGUGAUGGUUUUACACCCAAUGCACCUGGUCGGCCGACUAUGUGGACAGAGGAUUGGAAUGGCUGGUACCAGCUUUGGGGAGGCCUUGUGCCACAUAGGCCUGUCCAAGAUAAUGCCUUCGCCGUGGCCCGAUUUUAUCAAAGAGGAGGCACUUUCCAGAACUACUACAUGUAUUUUGGAGGCACAAACUUUGAGCGGACAUCAGGUGGUCCAUUCAUUACUACAAGCUAUGACUACGAUGCCCCCAUUGACGAAUAUGGGCUUGUCAGGCAACCAAAGUGGGGACAUCUCAAGGAUUUACAUGAAGUUUUGAUGCGGUGUGAAUCAGCCCUGAUGUCCGUCGAUGAUGAACCUGAGUACAUUUCCCUGGGUCGUAAUCUAGAGGCACACGUAUAUACAACAGCUGCUCAUCCGGAGAUCUGUGCUGCCUUUCUCGCCAAUAUUGACAGCAGUUCGAGUGCCGUUGUCGAGUUCAGAGGCACCAAAUAUGAACUGCCAGCUUGGUCAGUCAGCAUUCUUCCAGAUUGCAAGACAGUCGCGUAUAAUACUGCCAAGAUCCACGCUCAAACAUCACUGAUGACUAUGAAGCGGAAUAACUUAAAGACGCGGAAUCCGAAACCUGCAGAUGUAGAUACUCUAAUCGAAUCCCAGGUUGCUACCAUUGAGCUAGACUGGGAGAAACAAGAAGAGCCUAUAGGGAUUCGAGGUGGAAACACCAUAACAGCGCACAAUCUCCUCGAGCAGAUCAAUACAACCAAAGAUUCUAGUGAUUACUUGUGGUACACAACAAGGUUCCAAGUGUCCAAGGAAGAUAUCAAGGAGCUACAAGGUCGAAAGGAGGACGUACGUCUUGUUCUAGAGGAUGUGAGGGAUGCUCUACACGUAUUUGUUAACGGCGAACUCUCUGGUAGUUUUUCUGGAUCGUGGUUCAGCUUAAAUCACAGCAUCAAAUUGAAGGAAGGCGUUAAUGAAAUUGCUCUACUAUGCAUGACAAUGGGUAUACAGAAUUACGGAGCAUUUCUGGAGAAAGAUGGUGCAGGUAUUAAGGGAAAGGUACAAGUGACAGGGCUCGGUUCUGGAGUUCUCGAUCUCACCACAUCUGAAUGGGUGUACCAGGUGGGUCUGAAAGGAGAAGACCUUCAGUUUUUCUUUGAUUCAGGUCCUCAGAAAGGCUCAUGGGUUCCGGCAACCGGAGGCCCUUCCGAUAAACCUCUGGUUUGGUACAAGACCAAAUUCAGUACCCCGGAUGGAGAAGAGCCUGUGGCCUUGGAUUUGGCUAGUAUGGGAAAAGGUCAGGUUUGGGUCAAUGGGCACCAUCUCGGCAGAUACUGGCCCCUUCUUGCCCCGCAAGAAGGUUGCAGUGGUUGUGAUUUCCGUGGUCCUUAUAAUGCCCAUAAAUGUGUUACUGGCUGUGGAGAACCCUCUCAACGCUGGUAUCACGUCCCUCGGGCAUGGCUGCAGGCGGACGAAAAUACUCUGGUACUGUUUGAGGAAGUAGGAGGAAAUCCUUCUUUAAUAUCCGUUGCGACCCGCUCUCCGGGUACAGUAUGUGCUCAUGUUUCAGACUCUCAUCCGCCUCUUGUGGACAAAUGGGCUACUUCGAGUAGCUCCUUUGAUGCUCAGUCACAGAGGGCACUGGUUCCACAUGUACGACUUGAAUGUGCUGUUCAUCAGCAAAUAUCUCAUAUUGUCUUCGCCAGCUUUGGAAGCUCAUCUGGGACCUGUGGCAGCUACUCUGAAGGAGAUUGUCAUGCUUCGAGUUCUCGUGCUGUGGUAGAAAAGGCCUGCUUGGGCAAAACAUUCUGCUCACUCGAUGUAUCACCAGCAGAGUUUGGAGAGGACCCAUGCCCUCUAUUGGCUAAAACGUUAACAGUCCAGGCCCUGUGCAGAGGUCCCAGCGAGUUGACGAAUGAGAAUCUCAGUGAUGACGAUAUUGCUGUACCUCUGGGUAUGUAUGACCGUAAAUGGCAACGCUAUGAGGUUAUAAACCAGAGAACGCAACAGACUCAAAGUUUCCUGUCAGACAUUUGACCUUUCACGUGCUCGAUAAAACUGAGGUCUUGUUCUCGAGACUGUCAGCUGAUCAAGUUUAGAGCACUACUAGGUUUCCCCUUUCCUUUCAUCCGUUAAAUAGGACGAAUUAGUCUUAAGCUGGGAGGUUUGAUUGAAGAUGAAGCAACGGAGCCCACGGUAGAAGCAUUUUGCUUCGUGGUAUAUCUUCAGCCUUUAUUUGAUUAGUGAGGAUCUUCGAAAUGCUUCUAGAGACUCGUUUGUAUAUUAUUUGGUCAAAAAUAUAACAGUCGGAUUCAAGAUCAUACUUUCACAGAGGGCCAUAUUUUGAGUAGAAGUAUUACAAAGAAAGCCUGUAGGUUGAACUACGAUCGAAAAUAUGACCACUUGAGUGAUAAACUUGCAUUUCCGUCAUUCG